AUGGAAUCAGCACUGCCGCCAGUGCCUGUCAAAUCACAGGCAGCAGUCAGAUUUGUGACCUUCAAUGUCAAUGGGACCAAGACUCUUUGUAACUAUCAUCCAUGGAACAAAAUGAAGAGUUUUGACAAAAUAUUUGGGUAUCUAUUUGCUGACAUAAUUACUUUACAAGAGUUGAAAGUUCAAAAGGAUAAUUUGGAUCAUGAGCUGAAUGAGAUCCCCAACUAUAGGAGCUUUGUAACCCUGGCGACUAAUAGAAAAGGGUAUAGCGGUGUUGGGGUAUUUGUUAGAAUUCCAGCCGAUGAAGAAUCAGAUCAGAUUAAGAGUUGCCUGGCAGUAGUUCACGCCGAAGAAGGAAUUACAGGGUAUUUGAAGAGCUCGCAAUCAACUACUAGCUACCGAGAUCUGAAUAAUAUCGGGGGUUAUCCUGAUAUUUCUGAGGUCUUGGCUAAUGAAAUCGAUUUUCAGGGACGGUGCGUGGUUUUGGAACUAGGGAACAUGAUGGUAAUCAUCUCAGUUUAUUGCUUUGCUAAUUCCAUGGGCACAGAGCAGGGUGAGUUUCAUAGAGUACUGUUUUUGCGUUGCAUCUUGGAGAGAGCUGAAAAAUUGCAGCAAAUGGGCAAAACUGUGGUCAUAAUGGGAGAUAUAAACGUUUCAAGAGAUCUCAUAGACAAUGAGGUUUAUUUGAGAGAGGGUAUUGCGGACAAAUCGUUAAUUCCGCCAAUUAAUAAUGAUGGAGCUCACUUUGAGGAAGCCAACAAAACAGCUGUUCUCCAGUUUCGAACAGCUUCUCAACCAAGAAGUUUACUGAAUUCUUUCAUUAAAGACAAGUAUAACGAUAGCGGGAUUCUUCACGAUACGUUUAGAGAACACCAUGGAAGAGUGAUGCGAUCGUACACUGUUUGGAACACAUUGAAAAAUACAAGACCGUUGAAUAUUGGUUCAAGGAUUGAUCUGAUACUUUGCUCAACGGCACUUUUGAACAAGUUCAAAAAGUGUGAAAUUCUACCUUGGUUAAUGGGUAGUGAUCAUUGUCCAGUGAUAGCAGACUUUGAGCCAGAUGAAUCUUUUGAUAGCUUUCCCUUCUCCAAACAGCCAUUAUCCUUUGAAGCCAGGUAUCAUUACAAAACCCACAAUGGGUGUAAAAUUGAUAGUUUUUUUAAGUCAAGAUCACAAGGCAAAAUUACCCCUACUGGAGUUGCAAAACCUCCAAAAUCAGCGUCCUAUCAGUAUAGGAGCAGAAAGAAGCAGAAUCCGGGAUACUUUAAAUCUUCGAAAAACAAUUUCUCAGACAAAGAGCAACAAUUCUUUUUGGACUCGUAUUCAGAUCAAGAAGCCAAGAAUAAGGAUGGGAGAUCUACAGACAUGGAGUCUUUCAAAAAAAUUCUUUCAGUUGCAGCUGGGCCACCUUUAUGUGACCAUAACGAGCCAUGUGUUCUUCGAGUUUGCAAGAAGGAAUCCAAGAAUAAAGGCAGAAAGUUCUGGUGUUGUUCUAGAGCUCCAAGACCCGACGAAAACUCUAAUAAGCUUGAUGAGUACCGAUGUAAUACUUUUCAAUGGCAAUAA